AUGCGCGUCCACGUUAUCGUCAAGUCUCUCGUCGUCGUAUUGGCGGGACUCAAAUACACGUCCGCUUACCACAAUGACUACGCCAACGACCUCGCCGCGCGCGACUUCCUCUACGAAGCCAGGGACCUCGUCGACGCUGAGUCCCUGUGGACCAGGGAAGACAUCCUGAGCGAGUUCACCACUCGCGAGCUCCUCGAGGAGAUUUUCGAGAGACAUGGUGGUGCCUCUGGUGGACGGCCCAAGAUUAAAAUUAGCGACUCCAGGGAAGCACCGAUCAAAGAUCCUCCAAGUCCUACAAGCCCUCUCUCGGACAUUAUCGACCAGUUCCCCUCGCCACCUUCUCGUCGUAGGAAACCUUGA